AUGAGUUACUUGAACGUGGCGAUGGCCGUGCUUAUAGGGCUAGGUGUGGUCGUAGUCGGUUCUCUCCUACUCUGUAGCAUCAUGUUCGUCACGACUAGGCACCAGUCGGCGAUCGAUCGUCGCCUCGUGGCCGUUGAGAACGGUCUGUCCGUCCAUAGCCACUUAUCCUCUGUACGUUCCUUGGCGUGUGGGCCUGAGCGUGAUUUGCCUCCCUCUGACCUCCACCCUCCCCAUCAUCCAUUAUCGAAAUAAACCCUUCAUUUCAUCAUCCAACUCAGGACGACCCCUCUGGCCCAACACCGCCUCACCUGCGACCGCGCGUCGACAACAUGGAUGCCGCCCCUGAGGUGGACGCCCCAUCGUCGACCCCUUAUCGCCAAGCCGAGCCCGAACAUCCUUUCCAGCCUCAACUCCCUUCCGAAUACCUCUUCGCCCGUUCCCGACUUACAACGGCCGCCAAGAAGAGGAAGAAGCGCAAGACACCGGCGCAGAAGAAGGCCGCCGCCGCCGCUCGUGAACAGGAGCAACAGCACGACAAGGCCGCCUCCGCACCCCAUGUACUCAAGAUUUCGAGGAAUAAGCACAUGAAGGUGAGGCUGCAUUGCUAAUGGCGUUGGGAAGGGGUCGUGUUGAGCUGUCGUUCUGGCCGGGGUCGUGGUCGAGGUCGUGUGCGCGCGGACCUACUGUCCGGAGAUCAGCUGGGGCUGACUCUUUCUUGACGCGAUCAUCGCCUGAUCUGCACACCAACAGUACAUCUCGUCUUACCAUGUGGGUUCUACCAUUCUGCUGCGUGCGUGUCCUCUGCCCAGACCAGAAACUGAGACUCGUCUCGGGGACACCCUCACCUCAUUUUCACAGGGGCCCUGGUUACAGCUUCCCCACGAGGUACUCGACACCCUCCUGACCGUGAACUGCGACGAAUCCGCACUCCCGACCGUUCGUGGCCUUGUCGAACCCCCUUCAUCGACCCCGACGAUGGACCGAGCUCGAUUCCAUGCGAUCGCUGCCGGCCCCCAUGAACGUCGUCGCUCCCCUUCACCUUCGCCAAUACCCCAGAUGAACCGAGGCGGUGAAAAAGCAGCGGGCAACUCCCAUCUUCCUUCUCCAAUAGAUCCAGCUGUCUUUCGAGGGGUCUCACAAAUUCGCAAGCUCGUCGACGACGCUUCCGAUCUAGCCGUUCGCGCUGCAGUUGGCAUGUCCGCCGCUGCGCUAGGCUCGUUCGGUUCGGGGGGUGGUGCACCACCUUUAUCCGCCUGUCCGGAAGGAGGCGGUCGGAAUGCGGGCAUGUCGGCUGUACGACAACAUCGUUUGAGAGCAUUGGCCGUGUCCAAGUUGGCGGAGGCUUAUCGAAUCGACGAGAUCGCGGCUGCGGUCGCGGUCAUGCAAGGCGCGACGGGACUGGAUGAUCUGGCCCAACGGGUGCUCAAACAAGAACCUGAUCACCUCGAUGCGCUUUACGUACAUUUUCAUCACGAGAAGAUCCCUUCUCGCACACUCGCCAGUUCGACGGAUACGACCCAGUUGGAUCACCUGAUCGCUUGUGACCCACAUCGACUGGAAUACUAUCGCACUCGAGGGGUCGUACAUGGCUUCAAGCAGGAUUACGUCUCGGCCGUGCGUAACUUUACUCAAGCUUUGACGGAGGCCAAGGCGAUAAGGAAGGAGAAGGAACAUCGUGCUGAGGUGCAGGUUGGAGGGGGGAAUUUGAAGAAGAAGAAGGGAGGCAAGAAUGGGAAAAUGGGGGGGAAGAAGGGCAAAACUUCGCCUGCUCCGACAGGGGACGGGAAUGAGGCGGAUAUGGCUCCAAUAUUGGGACCGAAUGGAAAUGCUGCAGCGACGGCUCCGACAUCGGAUCCUUCGUCGACGGUGGGUAAGGAACCGGGCGACGACCUCGAGCGACAAAUGUAUUUCCAUCGAGCGAUGGCUCACUUCCACCAUGCGUGUCGGUUGAUGGAGGACGCCGCUUUGGACGUUGAAGGCGUGCAGAAACCCAAAGGAGGGCUCUCGAACGAAGGCGGUGAAUUGACCCUUCGUAACGUCGGCAUCGUACUCGCGGAUGAGAUUGGUGGUUUGUACGGCAACGCCUCGCCGGAGAAACAGGCGCGAUAUCGUGUUGGGAUGGGGGAGCCAUCCUUGCGCGAACGCGUGAUGACCCUUUUGCGCAAGAGUGUGCGCGAUCACGAGCGGUUCUUGGCUUACUUCAAGGUGUGGGAAGCACCGCCCGGCAACGCGUUGGAGGAAGAAGAUCGACAACGACCUACUCUAGGCGCGAAACAGACCGAUCGACCGUUGACCUUCCGUGGUCGAAGGUUGAUCCACCAUCGUGCCUUGGCCCAACGCACCAGGGACGCCGAUCCUCGUCGUCUUGAACGACAACGUCGUCAUCAAGAUGCGCCCAUGCCUGCCCCAACCCUAUUGACGACCUAUCAUCCUUUGAUCAUCGAAUCCCACUUCACCGUCCUCUUGAUCCACCUCCUGUUGGGCGACUUCAAAACCCUAGUCCAAGCCCACGCUCGCACCGUACGAUUGAUGGACCAUCUCGAAGGAUACCCCGUCUUCCUCCCCGCGCGUUCGCUGACCAUGUCCGAAUACGCCGAAGUACUCGAACGUCUUUCAGCGACGUGGAGAAUCGCUCGCGAGAGUUCGGGAAUCGCAGCACCGGAUUUGGAUGUGACGGAAGUGGAGUUGGCGCGUGGGGAAGACGAAUUGGCUUGUUUGCAUCAGGUGUGUGGGUUCUUCUCGACGGAAUUUGUGGAGGCGCUCGUGAGGCAGGCGGAGAGGGAGAGACAGGCUUUCGUGGCGAAGAAAGAGGGGGCGGUGGGGGAGAGGAGGAAGCUGUUGGGGUUGGAGAAUGGCCUGGGGAUGGGUAAGGCGAAGGAGAUUACGUAUGGGGAGGAGGAGGAGGAGGAGGAGGCCAAGGGGCAGGGGAACACGACGGGGAGUUGGAAGGAGGAGAGGGAUAAGGCUGAUGCGGAGAGGAGGAAGAUCGAUCCUUCUUGUGAGUGACGGGCUGGGGUCGUAGUUCCUUAGAUGAAGUAGAUUCCUUUCAUGCUGAUAGGAUCCCGUGUUCCCCAGAUGCGACCUACAAUACCGCCCGCGCCGAAGUCGCUCUCGCAUGGCUACAAGCCGUCAUACUCCCCGAAAAGGAAGCCGAACAACUCGCCAAAACCCACGUACAGUUCCCCAACCCAACCACUUCCCACCACGACGAUGCCCAUACACCACUCGGAGCUACGAAUUCCAUAGGCAAAGGAAAAGGAAAAGGAAAAGGAAAAGCUGUUUCUGCUGCUUCAUCUUCUUAUGCUUCGGCUUCGGCUUUCACACAGCAGCAUGAGGCGUUCUUCGGUUCGGGAUCGGGGUCAUUUUCGAAUUCGAGUUUCUUUGCGGGCUCGGGGUCGGGUUCGACUUCGGGGUUGACGAUGGCGGAGGCUGCAGAAGCGGGGGGGAUCGAAGACGGGGGAGGUGUGGUAGUGGAGGAAGAAGGGGUGGGAUCAGGAUCUGUUUUGGAGGACUUGGGGGAAGAGGAAUGA